AUGGAUCCAGUGAAACCAUGCAAAAUUCCAGUUAAUCAAGUUCAAAGGGCACGAGGAUUGUUAACAAAAGGAAAACAUAAGACUAACGACUGCUUCGUGACAAUCGGACUUGGCAAGGAGAAAUAUCAAACGUCAGUUAAAGAGAAGGCCAGCGAGAAUGUUGAGUGGCACGAGGAAUGCGAACUCCAGAUUCCUUCACAGGGCAAUACGGCGGAAAUUGUCCUCACUGCUCUUCAUCGUAACUUCCUGGGCGUCGACGAGUUCUUAGGAAUGGUCACCGUUCCAUUAUCGAGUUUCGAUGUUUACGAAAGACCGAGAAACAGAUGGUAUAGCCUUGGUAGUAAACCCGGAAAAGAAAAUACAAAAGAACGCGGUGAGCUUGAAGUUAAAAUAGGUUUUAUUGUUAAAGCCGGCAGCCUUACCGAUUUAACGCGUAAAGAACGUCAUAAAAGUUCACUGGGUCAGUUGUCAACGGCAGCUCACUCGAUUGGCGGCAGUCUUUUAAGUAUUGGUAGUUUGGAGAAACGCAAGGGCUUGAAAAAAUUAGCUAAAUCCAUCGGGAAUCGUGUUAAAGGCAAGAGUAAAAAUAAAUUGGACCAUGAACAUGAGUUUGAUGAAGUUGAGGAACAUCAAAUUAGGCCGACUAGGCAGGAACCUGGUGAAGCUGAUCCUGGUGUUAUUAGUGAAGAUGAUGAUGAAUUUACGGUACGGAUAAAAUCAUACGUAAAUUUUAUUUUCCAGUUUGAUGAUUUAUCACACAAAAGUUCAGCUUCAUCACUCAAUGCUCCAGUAUCAAGUGGCUUAACGUCUGGUUAUUCCAGCAAUUCAACAACGCAAAGUUCACGAACAACGGAUUUGAACAUAUUAUCAACACCCACAAAUCCAGCUCCCAAUAAACCGCCUCGUUUUAGCACGGGCUCUAAUUUAAACUCAUCAUUAUCUUCAAAUAAUCUUACUGGUAACAAUAAUAACAUCAACAAUAAUAAUAAUAAUAAUAUUAAUAAUAACAAUAAUGAAGCCGAACAAGAUGAAUGGGGUCGAAAACUUUAUGGAUUACAAUCGUCGAAUAUAAGUAAUAAAAAAUGGGAUAAUAAAUUAACUCCUAAAAUAGUAAUAGAUCAAGCGAAAGAUAAUCGUGAAUUGACGACAUCAUCAGUAAAUUUAUCGCCAUCAACAGCUACGACAACAAUGAGAUUUCGUGAUACUCCAGAACCACCAAGCCCUGCGCCACGUGAAAUAAUUCAAGUUAAACGUACUAAUAAAGACGAUAAAAUAAGUAUGAAAGAUCGUAAUUCGAAAGAAGAAAAACAGUUGAUUAGUGGAAGUAUUGGCGGUGGUAGAGAUCGUAGUCCUAAUGUUAAGGACGAUAAAGCGGGCAAUAAAAGUCAAAAGGAUGAUAAAAUAUCUAAGAAAGAUAAAAAGAAUAGAGAGAAAGAAUUACUUAAGGGUAAAGAUAUCAAUGAGGAAGUUAAAUUAUCUUCUGAGAGAAUUAUUAUUGGCGGUGAAGAUGCUACUAAAAAUAAUAUGGGAGUAAAAAGCCGACUUCCUCAUGAGGUUCUUGCACAGUUUGACGGUAAAACACGUGAGGUAAUAAUACACAACUAUCAUUAUCAUCAUCAUCAUCAUCGUCAUUAUCAUUGUCGGGAAUUAUUUCAGAUUUAUAUAAAUCUUUGUUUUAUUUUUCAGGAUCUCAUUGAAAUGGCUUUACAAUUGCAAACAGAAGUUAAUGAUAAAAAACGACGACUAGCUGAUCUCGAAGAUUACAUCGACUCCCUUUUACUCCGAGUUAUUGAAACUUCACCGCGGAUAUUACAAAAUCCCUACUCGAAUAACCGCCGUUUAUUAUAA